AUGGUGCUGUUGACUGCCAUUGCGGCGUCAUCGUUCAUAUUUUACGCCGAUCCUAAAGGCACCCUGGACAUCAAGUCGUUCAAAGUGAUCAACACGCAUACACCUCGCAUACGCUACACUAAGCUCGAUCAAGGCCGCGUGAACUUCAACACCGAAGCUGAUCUCCGACCGUUAUUCAACUGGAACACGAAGCAGCUAUUUGUCUGGAUGCAAGCGGAGUACACGAACUCACGUGGGGUUCAGAAUGAGGUCGUCAUGUGGGACCGAAUUGUCAAGCGCAAGGAGGACGCUCUGCUAGACCUUCGCGGACGUAACAAGUACUAUUGGCAUGAUCUCGUCCGAAGCUUCAACGGCUCGGAACCCGUCACCUUCUCACUGAAGUAUAAUAUCAUGCCAUAUGUCGGUCUUCUGACAAUGGGUGAAGCUGCACGCACUACAGAACCUCUCCCUUUCCCUCCCGCGCAAGCGCCAACGGAUUAA